AUGGAGAAGAACGAAGACCCAACGACCACCCAGUCUCUCUCGCUCUUCCGGCUAGUUGUCGACCAGGCUCGAGUCACAGAGGAGGUCCUCAAUUAUCCAUAUCCGGGGGCAGGCACCGUCGAAGAUCCUUGUGUCGUCACAUAUAUCCCGAAUGACCCAGGAAACCCUUUCACUUGGUCGGGACGGAGGCGUUGGACCCUCAGCCUGAUCGUGGCGACUGAGAUGCUCGCCACGGCAUAUGCGUCGAGCGCGUUCAGCGGGACGCUGGAACAACUCAUCAUUGAUCUUAGAGCGAGCACAGAAUUGAUCACCGCCGGCAUCUCGCUGUUUGUCCUCGGUUUCGCUGUCGGUCCUCUCCUGUGGGCGCCCCUCUCGGAAAUAUACGGAAGGCAAUUGAUAUUCUUGGUCAGCUUCUGCGGCUUCACUGCCUUCUGCGCUGGUUGCGCCGGCGCCAAUAAUAUCGCCACGCUGCUUGUUCUGCGCUUUUUCGCCGGAGCUUUUGGUUCUUCGCCCUUCACCAACGCCGGCGGAGUCAUUGCCGACUGCUUCCAGGCGCGGGAGCGGGGAUUGGCCAUGUCCAUAUUCGCAUUGGCGCCCUCGAUGGGACCGACGUUGGGCCCGUUCUCGGCGGGCUUCCUCGCUGAGACCCAAGGUUGGAGAUGGGUGAUGGGUCUCCUGGCGAUCUUUGGAGGAGUCAUGUGGAUUCUGGGUGCCGUCUUCGUCCCCGAAACAUAUGCACCCGUCAUCUUGAGGAAGCGAGUUGCCAAGCUGUCGGCAAUGACGGGCAAGGUGUACAUCUUGGAGGCGGACAAGGGCAAGGGCGCUCCAUCCAUCAGGACUCUGCUACCAACCGCUCUAAUUCGUCCCUGGAUCUUGUUAUUCAAGGAGCCCAUCGUUCUCCUUUUGUCUCUGUAUAUCGCCAUCAUCUACGGCACCCUGUAUCUGCUUUUUGGAGCAUAUCCUAUUGUCUUCCAAGAAGUUCGCGGCUGGUCAGCAGGCAUUGGCGGACUUCCAUUCCUCGGCGUUGCCCUGGGCAUGGUACUCGGCAUAAUUUUUGCGGGUUGGACAAACAGGUGGUAUACCAACGAGGCAGCAAGAAAUGGCGGCAUUGCUCCUGCAGAAGCACGAUUGCCGCCUGCCUUCUAUGGCGCUGUCGCAAUACCAUGCGGGUUGUUCUGGUUCGCCUGGACAGACUAUCCUUCCAUCCACUGGAUUUCGCCAGUCCUAGCCGGUGUCCCGUUCGGAUAUGGCUUCACAGUGGUCUUCCUGGCCGUCACCAAUUACCUGGUCGACGCGUACACCAUCUUCGCGGCAUCCGCCUUGGCAGCCAACACGGUGUUGCGGUCACUGUUUGGCGCGGCCUUCCCACUUUUCACCCCGGACAUGUUUGAUGCUCUUGGGAUCCAUUGGGCAACCUCCGUUCCAGCCUUUGCGGCACUGGCCUGCGUGCCGUUUCCGUUCAUCUUCUACAAGUACGGAGCCAGGAUACGCAGCCGAUGCGUCUAUGCUGCUCAGUCAGAGGCUGUGAUGGCCCAACUCCGUGCAAAGGCUGUCGCAUCGAAUGCCCAAACGUCGGAACCCGAUGAGAAGACCUCAAGGAGAUCGACCAGUGAAGACUCGACCGACUCUGACACGGACCUGGAGGUGUCCCAACCCAGAUUCGAGCCUAUUAAGAGCAGAAAGUCAUUUGCGUCGGAUACAGGCGGUCGGACAUCCUUGGCGAGGGUAAGAUCGAAUACCGGCAGCAUCUUAGAGGCAGCCAAUUACCAAGCCAGUCCGUACGACAUUGACCGCGUAAACACCUCGACAUCCGUGGCAGGGCUGGACCUGACAAGGACGGCAACCAAUCGCUCUGGCGAUAGGUGA